AUGGACCAGUUUUCUAAAUCUGGCCCUAUGAGCUUUGAAACCACAGCAAUCACUAUCUUCAUCAUCCUUCUAAUUUGCUUCAUUUGCAUCUUCCUUUUAUUGAUGGUUUUUUUAUAUAAAUGUUUCCAAGGCAAGAAAGAUGAAAAGACAGGAAAAACAGAUGGUAACGAUAUUGAAGAUUGUUUAAAUUCUAUUGUGACGAACAAUCCAGGAGAGCAAGAAAAGAUUGUAAUGCAAGUCAUCGACUUGAAAGCGCCAGCAGGGCCUAGCAUUCUUGUCCAGAGACGGAGUAAAGAAGUGGUAGAUGCACCAGUAGAAAACAGAGAAGAGGAGGAGGCAAAAGAGGACAAAAUAAAAGAGACACAAGAGCCUAAGGAUGCUAAUGACACCAAUCAAGAGGGUGAAAAUUUGGAGAAAUCAACCAUACCUGUCACUGGAAAUCCUUCAACUUUUGAUGGCCAAAAAAGACCUUUAAAAGGAGUGACGUUUUCUAAGGAGGUAAUUGUUGUGGAUCUUGGGAAAGAAUACCCUGUACCUCAAACCUGUUCUCGAGAACAUAAAGAGAGAAAAUGA